CUGUUUGGAACCUCCCCCGCCCUGCCUCGAGGCGCCCUCCUCGAGCGGACCCCACCAGAAGCGAAUGCCGCUCACGCCGGCGGGGUGAGUAGAGCACGAGCGGCGCGGCGUCGGGGGCGACGAGCGCGCCCGGCAGGCCUGGCACCGCAUCCAUGCUGCUGCGCCAGCCCGUGAGUCUCGCGCCCUGCAGCGGCCACGGGUCGUGCGUGAUGCGGCCCACCCACAGGCCGGCCUCCCGCGGCAUCACGGCGGAGCCGGAGCAGCCGAGCCCCCGCCUCGUUGUCUCGCUCGACCAGGAGCCGGGGGCUCUGCCGGUUUGGCAGGGCCGUCGCAGAUUCCUCACGAGUAUCGUCUGGAUCGAGACGACUCCGAAUCACUCUUCGCCGCGCGCCUCGACCUUCUUGGGCAGCAGCUGGAUCUGCUCGUCGCCGUGGCCCAGCUGUCCAUCAUCUCCAAGCCCCCAGCUCCAGACCUCGCCGCCGCCUCCCUCCUCUUCGCCCUCUCCUCCGCUACCGUCGCUUUCCCCCUCGCUGCCGCCUUCCUCGGCUUCGCCCUCGCCGCCGCCUUCCUCCGCCUCGCCCUCGCCGCCGCCACCGUCGGCCUCGCCCUCGCCGCCGCCCCCCUCCGCCUCGCCGCCCGCAGCAUCGUCGCCCUCCAUGUCACCCUCGCCUCCGCCUCAAACCCUUGCUUCCACCGCCCGCGCCCCCACCAGCAGCUCCGCCGCCUCCGCCGCCUCCGAACCCUCCACCACCGCCUCCGUCCACACUCAGGCGUCUGCUUAGCUCAGUCCUUCGCGUCGACCUCGCCGGCGGCAACGCAAGAGCGCAGCAUCCUCAUCGCGCUCGCGGCGAGUGGGGCGCUGCUGGCCGUGGUGGUGCCUUGCGUUCUCAUGCGCUGGUUCAAGCGACAGCUCCACCGUGCUGAGGCGCAGCGCCAGGACGAGCAGCAGUCGACACUCAGGCGUCUGCUUAAAGCUCAGUCCUUCGCGUCCGACGCGCGCAAGAGAGCGCCACCCACCGUCCCUGCGGCCCCGAGGCCACGGCAGCACAACGUUGGCUCGGCAGACGCGAGACAGAGGUUGAUCUCACCCAGUCGCACGUCGCACUUGCACGGGCGCGGAAGCUGUCCGCGUAAACGCCCCCCCGUCCACGGUCUCCGCCUGCUCGCUCGUGCAAGGUUGCAGACAACGGCGGGCGGUUGUCUCUACUGAGGGGACGAACUAAGGGCGGCUGGGCGGGGCUGCGGCCGGAGCUAGCAUGGCUCGUCAGAGCCGAGACCCCGGCGAGGCGGCGCUCCGAUGGGCGGCUACCUAGCCAGUCGCGAGGUUCUAACCGCUCUGCAGAUCGGCGAUAAACAAACUAUGCCAGCGGGAGAUAUUCGGCAGAUAUGUGUAUCUCCCGAUCUGUUCUCAUCCCGGUGAUGGACACGUGUGUGCGUCCCUUCUUGUGUUGCGUUUCGGGCGUCCCUUCGUCGACGUUGUCUCUUUAAGUUCGUUGACGUUGU